UGAAUGAAUCUGUGGGAUGUCACUGUUACUACUAUUUUACUAUGUGGAUAUACAAGUGCUAACUGAAUGCACCUCAUCCAUUGGUUACUAUAGCCCUGCAGUGGCUGAAUACACAUCAUCCAUUGGUUACUAUAACCCUGCACUGGCUGAAUGCACAUCAUCCAUUGUUUACUCUACCCAUGCACUGGCUGAAAGCACAUUAUCCAUUGGUUACUCUACCCCUGCACUGGCUGAAUGCACAUCAUCCAUUGGUUACUGUAUCCCUGAAUCAGCUGAAGGAAGCAUAUCACUUAACUUGGUUUUGAGUGAAUGACAAACUUGGUAUUUAAUCUUUCUUUACAAAAAUUGAAGAAGUUAUUUGGUUCCAUCCACAAAACAGAAAAACAAGAUGUCGUCUAAACAUGCAGUGCUGGAACAGAUUCUUAAAGAGCUACAAGACUUUUUGAAGAUUUUGGAUCAGGAAAAUCUCAGUAGUUCUGCGACAGUAAAGAAGAGCCUGCUUUCAGACCUAGUGGACAGUUAUGUGAAAGUGAAUGGGUGCGAUGAAGAAUAUAUUUACAUGAAUAAGGUGAUCGUUGGUGAAAGACAGCAUCCAGAAGAACUCAGUACCAUAGAUAAAGAUUACUGCUUAAUGAACAUAGCCACCAUCAGACCUGUGUCAUAUCCCUGUGAUCCAGCCAUCUUGUCUUCUACCUCGGCAAGGACUUCCUUUCUUCCUUUCCCAGAGCUGAAUGUCACACAUGUGCUGACCAAUGGAGAUUUAUCGGGAUACUUACCAGCUCCUCAGAAGAAACUUCCUGAUUUGCCACCACCCAAAAUAAUAACAGAUAGAAAACAAUACACGCUGCUUGCACAAGAAUCUCCAGAAGGAUACUAUGAAGAGGCUGAACCAUAUCAGAAAACCCCAGUUGAUGAUGAUGCUGUCAGUAGCUCAUAUGAAUCAUAUGAUGAAGAUGAAAUCAUUAAAGGAAAGUCAGCAACUCAUCAAUGGCCAUCCACCGAAGCCACCAUUGACCUAAUGAAGGACGCCCGGAUUUGUGCAUUCCUAUGGAGAAAGAAGUGGCUGGGACAAUGGGCAAAGCAACUGUGUAUAAUUAAAGAAAACAGGCUAAUGUGCUACAAAAGUUCCAAAGACCACAGUGCCCAAUUAGAUAUAUGUCUGCUUGGCUGUACAGUCACAUAUAAAAUGAAACAGGAGAAGAAGAAAGAACAUAAGCUGAAAAUCGUGCCGACAGGAGCAGAUGUUAUAGUUCUGGGUCUGCAGAGUAAAGACCAGGCUGAGCAAUGGCUUAAGGUCAUACAGGAAGUCAGUGGUGUACAGCAAGAAAUCAUUUCUGAAGGACUGCAGACUUCUCCAGAAAUUCUUCGCUUCAACUGCACAAAGUUGGACUGCAUCUUUAAUACAAUGAACUGCAAUGUCAUCUCUCCAGCAGUCAAAUCAAUAAUUACGACUGACUUGUCAGAAAGAUGUUCUGCUGCAUCGGAGAGUGGAAGCAGUACUGAUGGGCACCCUGACACUCCAUCUGAAGCAAAGGAUGUCAAAAAGAAGUCUGGCCCAGGUUUAAAACUGAGUAAUCUAAUGAACCUUGGAAGGAAAAAGCAGUUGCCUCUGGAAAGUAAUGAAAAGCCUCUAGAAACAUCAGGGUACCUGAAUGUACUAGUGAAUAGUCAGUGGAAAGCACGGUGGUGUCACAUAAAGGAUGGACACCUGUAUUUCUUUGUGGACAAGAGUAAAAAUAAAAGUGCCAAUACACCACUGGCUCUUGAUGGUUGUGAAGUCAUUCCUGAGCCAAGGCCAGAACAUUUGUACAGCUUCCGUAUUCUACAUGGGAAAGAUGAGCUGGCAAUUCUAGAAGCUAAAUCUUCAGAAGAUAUGGGCCAUUGGCUUGGUCUCCUUUUGGCAGAAUCUGGCUCAAAGACUGACCCAGAAGAAUUUGAGUAUGAUUAUGUCGAUGCUGACAAAAUUUCAUGCAUAGUGACCGCUGCUAAGAACUCUUUCUUUUUAAUGCAGAGAAAAUGUACAGAACCCAAUACGUAUACUGAAAACCUACCAGAUACAAAAACAAAGAUGGAAGACCUUUAUGAUGAUGUUGACAUUUCUGAUUCAGGGGAUGUUAAAGCCAACGAAGAACACAUAGGCAUGGCACAUGAAGAUGCUGAGGAAACAGUGAAAAAGGAUUCGGUUUACCUAGAUCUGACCCCAUUACAGUCAUUCCUGCAUUCAUCUAAAAAGAGAGCAUCAGUUUCACCAUUGUCUUCUCCCACCUUAACAAGGGACAGUGAGCAAAAAGAGGUGCUUAUCCAGAAGACAGAACCUGAAGAACCAAUGGCUUCCAAGGCUGGUAUCAAAAUCCAGGCUCAUCAACAGAAAAUCUCUUUCCCUCAGAGUGACUCCGCUGCCAAAGUUACAUCCUUUACUGCUACCAACGCUAUGACUAUUACCCCAGCUACAACGUACACCUCUAAAAUAGCAAACGCCAGUGCAGAAAAGCAGAAACUGAACAGUACAGGAACAAUAGAAACAAAGCUGGGAAAGAACAGAACAGAAGCAGAAGCCAAACGAUAUUUGGAAGAAAAAGAGAGGCUUGAAAGAGAAAAAGAAGAAAUCCGUUCUGUACUGGCAAACUUGAAGAAACAGAAAAAGGAUCUAAAAGAGGCAGCAUCAGUGUGCACAGACAAAACUACUUUGGUAGCUUUGGAGGCCCAAAUAAAAGAAAUAGAUGAGGACUGCAAGCAGAAAGAAAGCUACAGGGUGGACCUAGAAUUGAAACUUGUAGAAGUUAAAGAAAACCUACGGAAAGCAGAGUCUGGGCCUGUGACAUUGGGAACAGCAGUGGAUGCAACACAUUUUGAAACAGCAUGUCCUACUGUAAAAGUCUCAUCUCCUGUCAGUAGUUUGGAACCUUCACCAGUUAAUUCUGCAACGGCUUUAAAGUCUAGGCCAGUGUCAGUAAUGCUGGCUGGAAAAGGGACAGUAUUACAGAAAGCCAAGGAAUGGGAGAAAAAGGCAACGACUUAGAAAAAAGUAAACUUCCCAUGAAAAGACUGGAACUGCCAACUCUAUCUGAACUACAGGAUAUGAUCGUCAUGAAAGGGUGGUGUGUGCACCAUUACAUUUUCAGUGGUGACAUCAAGAUUGUGCAAGGAUUUUAUCUGCAUAGAUAAAAAGGGAUGAUGUUCACUAUUUGCCCAGUUCUGAAACAUUUUAAAAAGAAACCAUAUUUUCAAGGCCCAUCUUUUAAAACUGACUUAAGUACUUUCUUAAAAGAUGUUGCCUACAUGCCAAAGAGUUUCAGUGUAUAAUGUAGUAGAACAUAUUUCUUCCUUCACUUGUUUUUUUCAUAUCUCAAGAUAAUUUCAAUAAUUCCUCUUAAGUGUGGAGAGACAACAUGUUAUGGAACUAAUGCCUUUAAGAUGAAAUUGCCUCACAAAUUAACAACUUCCUUUGGAGUUGCUCAUGUCUUAUAUGGCACAGUAAAAAAACAGAGCGGGAUAGUCUAACAUAAUAAAGCAAUGUACCGGCAAUGAUGAACCAUUGAUCAUGGGAUAACAAAAUGUCCAUUUUGCAUUGUAUUUAUUUCUCUUCAAUAAGUGUCACUAACAGAUACCAUGCAAUUCAGUGCAGUGGGCACUGUGUAUAUUCCUGAUCUCAAACAGCCUUUGUUGAUCCAAUACUGCUAGUGAUUUAAAGGACUUGUGAAUCAAUUUCUUUUUAAUAUGUUCUGAAGUAUGACAAUGUUUUAAGGCGGAAAACAAUCCAUGAUUUUUGAAAAAUAAUGAAUGACAGAAUAAAAGCAUGGUCCCGCUAGCUAAGUGAAGCAGAUAGAAAUGGUUCACUAGAAAUGUAGACCACAAUGCAUUAAAUUCUACAACUCAAGAUAUAAAAAAAGUGUGCCCACACACCCAUUAGAGUAAUUCAAUUAAAAAUGGAGCACACAUUUAUAAUGUUAAAAGUGGAGUUCUGUUUGAUAACUGUGGGAAAAAUUCUGCUGCUUCUACUGAGGAAUAAAAUCAAAAGCAAAGUCUUUGUACAUGCGGCAACAUCACUUUCCGGAGUAGAAAGACAUUGGAGAAAUCAGACUAAAUAUUUGUCUCUUUGCUGCAGUAAUAUCAAUGUCAGACUUAGUUUAUAUAGUUUAACUGUGAAAAGGACUCUGCUUGGUACAGUUUACUUUGAGUUUGGCCACAGAAUAUACAUAUCCACUGAUAAUAGUUUGUGGUCCUAUCUAAUCAAAGUGGAAAACCUGUGAAUGAGAAAUGAGAUUCCUGAGAGCAACUUUCUCUUAGAGGGCUGGUCUCUCCUCAAAAUGUACCCAUGACAUGUAGCAUGUGUUUCUGUACCUGCAAGGUAUUCUUAUCUGUUCCCAGCAAAAGUUUUAAAGAUAUAAAUCGUUACUAAAAGUUUCAUUUGUAACCACUAUUAUAGUUUAUCAUCUAUGUUUCAUUUUCUUCCAUUUUUCAAGUAAUUGCUUUUUCCUUAAUUUCCACAUUUUCAAACAAUACUAUGGUACUUAACAUGUUAGUUUCUUAAUGUAAUGUCUCUCAGGAAAGUAAUGAAUUAAACCAGCUUUAUGUACACAGUGUUCAUUAUAAUAAUGUUACAGAAUAUCACUGAUAGCUUAAAUAGUUUGAUUGCAGUAAUCUCUGUCAGAAGUCAUAAAGCAUCUGUAAACAAGAGGCAAUAUGAUUGCAACCAAUGUUUAUUGUCCUUGAAAAAUGUGGAAAUAAAACAAAAUAUUUAGGAUAACAGUUAUACAAUCAGUCCUUCAAAUGAAGUAUGUCUAAUUGUAAAACCUGGUCCUGUCUAACUCGUCUCACUAACAAAGGUCACUACCGUUUUAUUGUUAUAAAAAGUCUUUACUUUGCAUUUCAUUUUCACAUUUUAAGCUCAUUAAAAUAUGUUCUCUUUCACAUAAAAUGUA